CGUCAGGGGCAACGUUGCCCGGAGGCAAGGCAACUGCCUGGUCGACUCCGCUCGCGCAGGCAGGACGAAGGAGUGAGGAAGAGCGAGAACAAGAGGGGAGGGGGGGAGAAGGGAGAAAAGAAUGAGGAACGGAGACGGCGAGAGGCGCGGCAGACGCGAGAGCAGGGACACAACGCCGACCGAAGGGAGAGAUGGUGUAGCACGAUGUGUAGGGAACGCGCUUAGGGGUGGGGACGCCAAAAUCGUGCGGCAGGGAUCUCCGCAUGCGGGAAGGCAGACUCUGGUGGUCAAUCGGGCGCCGCGCACCGCAGCAGCGACGCGUCACUGCACCCCUGUUUUGGGAGUCGGGCACGUGCUUCUUUCCUCUCCACCGACGCCGCGCGUUCAACUGGAUUCCGGUUGCUCGCAGGCAGCUUCAUCCGCAGCCAGCCAGGCGCGAUAAGCGUCGAUAAACCACGAGAAGCCGCGCAUCCACACCCGUGCCCGUGCCGUGCCGUGCCGUGCCGUGUUAUCCCGCCGGCUUGCCAAAACCGCCGCCGAGACGCGCGACUCCUGGAUACUCUUUCGUAGCGCCGCGGUGCACGGCGUAUAUUCAACAACAUCGCAACCCUGACGAAUCAGUACUCCCGCGAAUAUUCGCGACACGCUGCCGUUGGUCCUCGAGACACGUCCUGUCCCGGUCUCGGAACCGUCGACGUCCACAACGGUGUUUUACGCAACGGUUAAAACCGCAGCGUUGACAGUUGAAAUCCGCGAUAUUAAUUGCCAAACGCAUUGUGAAUUUCCCCAACGUGGCGUGGAGAAUCAAUGGACUCUCGUUAAACUGUGCGAUUUCUGUAGUGUGUCAGUGAGAUCGAGCGCCGGUUGAGCCUUGCCGCGGCGUACAACUCACUCGUCGGCAGCCGAUUCAUCUCGAGGCUCGUCACCGAGGCGAAGGCGUGCACCACGAGGAGCGUGGAGGCUCCGAUCAGCGGAACCCGCGCCGAGAAAGUGCUGUGAACGGAGCAACGCCGUCGCGGAUUGUGCUUUCAGCUGGUGGCUGGAUCCGGCCUGACCACGGCCAUUCUCGACACGCACUGUGUUAGCGUGGCCGGAGGUGGCGGCGGCGGCGACGGCGGCGGCGACGGCGGCGGCGGCGGCAGCGGCGGCGGAGGCGGCAGUGGCGGUCGGCUGAGCCUGCACCUUCGUCCUUGCGGAGGUAGCGGUGGCGGCGGCAUCGCCGAAAGUGACAGCGCUCCGGAAUACCCGCCGAGCGCUGCGGCAGUGCGGAGCAGGGAGGCGGCGGCGGCGGCGCUGCACGCGGCAAGGACCCUGUUGGGCGCGGGGGUGGCUAACCCUUGCUCGCCCACCCCCGAGCCGCCCUUUUGGAAGAUGCCGCAUAAAGAGGAGGACUUGAUGCACGGGGGUGGCGCGGGUAUUGGCGGGGGUUCUAUGGUCGGACAGAACUCAAUAUUUGGGUGCUCGGCUGCAGGACACAGCGGGGUUAACCAGCUCGGCGGCGUUUACGUCAACGGCCGACCGCUGCCGGACUCCACGAGGCAGAAGAUCGUCGAGCUGGCCCACAGCGGGGCCAGACCGUGCGACAUAUCGCGCAUACUGCAGGUCAGCAAUGGAUGCGUCUCCAAGAUCCUCGGCAGGUAUUACGAGACUGGUUCGAUCAAGCCGCGGGCGAUCGGCGGUAGCAAACCACGAGUUGCGACAACGCCUGUCGUUAACAAAAUCGCCGACUACAAGCGAGAAUGUCCCUCGAUCUUCGCCUGGGAGAUUCGCGAUCGACUGUUGCAGGAGGGCGUUUGCAAUAACGACAAUAUACCCAGCGUGUCGUCCAUUAACAGGGUACUCAGGAACCUGGCCUCGCAGAAGGAGCAACAGGCGGCUGCGGUGCAAGCGCAUCAGGGUGCCGAGAGCGUCUACGACAAGCUGAGAAUGUUUAACGGGCAGGCAGCAGGUUGGCCGCCGGCGUGGUAUUCGGCAACACCUCCCCAUCAUCCCCUGGCCACGGGAAUUCCAACCGCGGCGACUCCUGGAUCCGGUCAGACUCUUCUGCCCGGUAGUCAGCUUCAUGGGCGUGACGAUUCUUUGUUGAAGCGAAGCGACACUGGGUCUCUAUUGUCGCAUCAGCAGGAGACAACUUCGGACGGUAAUUCGGAGCACAACUCCUCUGGUGACGAGGACUCGCAAGUGCGGCUGAGGCUGAAGAGGAAAUUGCAGCGCAAUCGAACUUCCUUCUCUAACGAGCAGAUAGACAGCCUCGAGAAAGAAUUCGAGCGGACACAUUACCCGGACGUGUUUGCACGGGAGCGUCUCGCCGAGAAGAUCGGAUUACCUGAGGCACGUAUCCAGGUGUGGUUCAGUAAUCGCAGGGCAAAGUGGCGUCGAGAGGAGAAAUUACGGAACCAGAGGAGGGCCGCCGUCGAUCAGGUGGUCGCCGGUGGCAGCGGCGGGGGUAGCAGUGCCGCGCCUCCCGCGGCCACCCCUGCCACACCGCGGCUACCCUUAAACGCCGGAUUCAACGCCAUGUACUCGUCGAUACCACAGCCGAUCGCCACCAUGCCGGACACGUACAGCUCGAUGUCAAGCAGCCUGGGCGGGUCAAUGGGUGGUAGCUGUCUUCAGCAACGCGCCGAGGGCUACCCGGCGUACGUGUUUCACGAGCCUCUCCACUCGCUCACGCAGUCUUACUCUCACGCGCAUAGCGCGGCCGCGGCCGCGCACUCGCAACCGCAUCGCGGUAUCCCGACGUCUCACGGUGGCACCCCCACGACGCCAGGAGGACAACCUGCCGGACCAGGCGGAGCACCUUACCAGCCGACGACCUCGACCGCAACCGGCUCUCGCAAACGUGCCAUCGCAAAUGCGCUCAAUCCCCCGACAUCUCGAACUGUUCCAGGAGUGAUAUCAGCCGGCGUCUCGGUGCCGGUGCAGAUUCCCUCGCAGACCCCGGACCUGACGGGCAACUAUUGGCCGAGGCUCCAGUGAUCCCAGCUCUUCGGGUUCCCGCCCGCGAGCUUGCUCGUAGGCCAGGAGAGCCCGCCGCCGCCGCCGAGCGCCACCCCGGGUGCGGUGCCACGACCGCUCCUCGCCUCCCUUGGGAUACCGACGCAGUCGACGACGCAGCAUCAGGCCCCCAGCACACCGGCGACCACCCCCGUGCACAACUCCGACACCAGUGAGUGAAACGACUGAAUUUUCCGUAACCCGUGCGUGCACCGUCGCGCAAGUGGAUUCCAUGUUCCGAGAAAGGGCCGCGGUGUUCCCUCGCGCUUGGCUGCCGACGGCGACGACCGCCGUCGCGACGCGAAGAGAGACGCUACGAGGAAACCUCGCUUCGGUAACUCGCGUGACAGCGUGACGCCGCCGCCGAUCGCAUCGAAGACGCGCAGUUAGUGUCGGCUAGUGCGUGGAAUGAACACAGUUCCGAUUGAUGAUGCGAGUGUCGGAAAUUUCUCUUCGUUCUUGAGUAAGUUGAAGAAUUCCGUUUCUUUCUUUUUUUUUUUCGCGUUCAUUUAUUUAUUAACGAGCGCACUCUGUCCGUAAGUGCAAGCUGACAAAGGCCAACAGACUUCUUUCAUCGGGGAACAUUAUCGAGAGCAUGACAAAUGACGUUGCAAUUACUUUAUAGUGUUCCGAUCGUUCGGACGAUAUUUAAUUGUUCGUAGAGUUAAUAUCAUUAGUCGUGUAAUUUCCUCGCAUGCUGAAUUAAUAACUCGCGUCCUCGGAUGUCGUUUACGACCGUCAAUUUUCUGAAUGGCAAUACCUAUCUACGAAACUAUUCAAUUAGGAUUAGGAGAUAGGAUAGGUCUCCUCCCUCCCUCCCCCCCCAUCCACCCCUUUUUGAACAAUUUGUAAAUUUGCCGACGCCCGCAUUCGGCGAUCGUAAUGGAGCAGCAGCUCGUCGCAAUUAAAUUCCCCUUUGAAAUUGAAUGAAAAGAUUUUUUACCAACGCGAUCUGAUUACACAGAGCGGAAUUUUAGGCAGCGCAAUAAGUUUUAUAAUUCGAGCUGGAACCAAUGGACUUUAACUCAUCUUCCACUUCGUGUCUGAUCUAGAUUUCGUAGAUGUAUACGCAUGACCCCGGGUCACGCAGGGUAAUUACCUAUUCACGAUAGUGUGUGUAAAUGAUUUUAUGUUACGCUACCGUCGUUACCACGUCGAGAAUUUUUGCGUGAAGAACCACUAGUUAAUGUUAAUAUUAAAGAAAAGAAAAAAAGAAACUUUCUUAAGCUAUUCAUUACAUAAUUCGAAAAUGAUCUCUCGCAUCUGAUCAAUCGAUAGCUUUACCGCUGUGUAUAAGAUUCUUUUUUUUACAAAUGUCAUAUAACGCUGUCCGCGGAAAAGUUAUUUUUCACUUCGUCCAACGCGAAUUCUCCCUUUUAGUUACCCGAAGUCGAUCGAUGUCAAGAGCAUUCAUUAAAUUUACAGCGGCUCCCGUUUUUUGGUAUCGGGGAGCUUUAUUACCGGAUUUAUUGGAUAGCGCCGGGCGCAUAUUGUUUGCCGCACGUUGUAUCGGUUUCCGGCAAAUAUUUUCCUUCGUGUAAGGGCGGCCGCGAACCGCGUGGAAAUUGAAAGGGAGCCGCAGACACGUAGGCGGCUCCCGCCGAAAUAUAUUCUCGCGAGAGUUUAGGGUGGCAGUCUCCCGAUGAGGCUGAUUUCGUUGCGGGAGGGAACAGUUUGCGGGGGUUGAUAGCUGCCUGGAGGGCGGCUUUUUUUCCAGCGAGGCCGGCCAUCGUGUCUGUCGGCAGAUAUGGCGUCGGAAGACACCGCUCUCGAAAGGAUGUUGCGGCCUCAGUCCGUUUGUGAACGGUGUAUAUCGAUCGACAACUCAUUUUCAUGGAAAAUAUCUUAGGGAUAUGUAAAGGAAACAAUUUUUAAAUAUAUAUUUAUAUUUAUUUAUAAUAUUUUAUAUUUUUUAUUUAUACUUUUGAAUAAAAAAAUUCUUUUGAGAAAAAUAUGCAAUUUUUUAUAUUAUAUAUAUUUGUGCUGUUAUUUAUUUGUUUGUUGUACUUGAUAUAAAGAUAUUGUUAUUAUAUUAUUAUUAAUGCGAGUGGUUCUUCACGCUAGGGUUCGUCGCGUUUUGCAAAUUGGGCACGCAAUAAAGAUCACCGCGUGUAUUUCGAAUUAUGCUAGAUUUAAACCUCAUCGAGAUCAGUGUGCAAGAUUUAUCGAGAAUAGCAAUAUUACAGUUUCAGAUCCCCUUUAACGUAGUAACGCGAAUAGCACUUUUUUAAAUUUCGCGUAAGCUAUUUAACACAUUUGCGAGCAUGAACACAAAGCGGAAAUGUUCGAUUUGAAACUCUCCUCAUUUACACGUAUCUCCAUACAAUGUUCAUUCCGGUCCAAGAUACACGAUUCUAGAUUAAGACAAUCCAAUCCGUAGCUUGUACUAUUAUUACCAUAAUGAAGGCACAGUGAUGUACGAGAUCGUGAGGAAUAAACCGACGCAAUCAUAGAAAAGAUUUCGCGAGUGUCACAGUAACGCCCGAAAGAGGCAAAUAGCAGUGGACGUUUGCGUCGGGUAUUUAUUGCUAUUAAUGUAAAUGUAUCGCUGAGCUAAUGGGCCGAGGAGGCGGAUUCGUCCUUCCAAGCGAAUCGCGAAUAUUGGUGCUCGCAGUAACGAGAAAAAUCUUAUUGGCAUCGAACUCGUUAAUCGUCGCCGCACACACGAUCGAAGCACAUUCUUUCGAUUAUGCUGUAUAAAGAUAAUUGUAAGAUAGCAUUUGUUACUCUCUUUAAACCAGUACUGUAAAUUAGAAAUAAUUAUCAUUGUAUAUAUACGUAAGUAAAUUAGACGAAUUCUCCAGUUUCGUUCGAACGUAUUCACCUUAUAAACUAAUGCAACAUCUUAUCCGUGUAUUAAAUGUUUUCCCUCACCGAAAUGAUGACUCCGUUACUCACACCGUGCAGCAGCAGAACUUCAAUAAAAUCAAAUGAUCUGAGCCUA